UAAGAAUCAAAUGUUUAACUCUAGGGGAGCUGAAAAAUGAUAUUUUCAAAAAAAAGUGUAAUGUUCCUUUAAACCUGGAUUGUAUAAAAGAAGAUUUGUGCUAGCCGAGGUGGUCGUAGGUCAUCAGUUUUCUUGUUUAGUUAAAUUUUAUCAACACUACUUGAAUAAACUUUUACAGUUUAUAGCUUUAAUACACAAAAAUAAUAUAACACGAUCAAAUUUCUCAAAUACGACAUGUUUAAACGGUGGCCUCACACUCCAUCACUAAAAUCUAUUUGCAUUAUAUGUUCAUGAAAAUUAUUCAAAUGUAAGAUUAAAAAAAUAAACAGGUACUUUUAAAGUUGUAAAAUAUGGAUUUGCAGUUGGGGAAUAUAAGAAAAAUCUGUUACAUCAAUAAACAGCAGUGUUUUUUUGAAGACUGUUUUGAAUAUUUUUAUACUGGACGUAAUAUCAUGAAUUAUCAGACAAUCAUUGGAUAGCUUUGUAACUUGUGCUGUAUUAAUGUAUGUUUUCACCUUUAACUCAAACUUUUAUGUUGUAUAAGGCCAACUAUUUGAAUAUAUGUCAAGUAUUGUUAACAGUUUAAAUCAGUUGUUGCCAGGUGGUUUCUUACGGGUAUGCUGUUUGAAGGCUAUCGAAGCGUAAUUUAUCUAAAUUUAUUGUAGCUUUACCCCUUUCAAAUGAAUGGGACCAUUUGUUUAUGUCUAAAGUGACAUUUGGUUUUGGCUUAAGUCCAUUUGCAGCAGUAUUGUAUUUGAUUUAUGAACUAUUUGGUCUUGUGAAUGUAUUUUCAUUUAGUUAUUAUGUUAAUGUAUUGUGUUUAAGAUCUAUUAACACUAUUGAACGCUCUGUGUUACAUGAUUCCUGUCAUCUUUUUUUUACAUUGUUAGUGUAUAUUGUAAUAAAAAUUACAAUGAUAAACUAUAAUUGUAGCACUUUACAUACAAAUAAAAAUGUAGUAAUUUUAAAUGAUUGUAUAACAUUAAAUAUUUUAUACUAAUUUAAUUGUAUUUAAUUGUUUAUGUGCCACCGGGUCACCACCCUGCGGCUCUUUAUGUGCGACAUUAAUGACUCGAGCCUAUAGGGGGCAGUCGUGUUUAUACAAAAUAUACGAUAUGGUAAGUGAGGCGACUCGUAAAUUACUUUAAAAUAACAAUUGUUGGUAUUUUAUGCUACACACAAGUAAGAAAUGAUAGUUAAAAUAAACAAAACUCUUAGAAAGUGAAACAUUAGGUUGAAAUGUAAUUGCUUAGUGGUCAUAUUUCAGUCAUCCUCCAGUAAAGCCCACCCACCACCCAUCACUCCCUCAUCCACUCCCACUGGAGAAAGAAACACGACUCCUCUGCAGCUCCUGAAACCCCCAGCACGGGGCCAGCAGGACUCUUUGUCUCCUUUUCUCAUUGAUUUCUCGUUGAGUUCAGCAUGGAGAGUCUGACACAUCCACGCAAACUCACGAGUAACUCCUGAACGGCACGCGACAAGAAAACUGGAUUUUAUGACAACGCGCGACAUUAUAACUCACACGGAGCCUUUCAUUUAUCACCGUCGUGUUUUUCGACCUUAAACAUGGAUUUAUGGACGAAGAGAGACAAAUGCAAACUUCACAACAGCGUUUUUAUAGUGUUUACUUUCAUCAGUGAAGUGAUCUACGCGCAGUCCUCCUCUUUACAUUUCACCAGGAUACCAAAAUCCCAAGAUGCCCUGCACGGGCGCAGCGCCAUGCUGCGGUGCGAGGUGAGCGAUCCUCAAGGCGUGGUCUACACGUGGAUUCACAACAACGAGACCGUCACUAACACGGAGCGACGCUUUUUGGAAAAGGGAAAUCUGAAAUUCACAGCCAUUGACAGAAUACUAGACUCUGGAAACUUUCAAUGCGUGGCCUUCAAAAACUCGACUGAUGAAAAGAAACACACAAGUGCCGCCUCCUUCAACAUCAAAUGGUUGGAAAGUGGCACAGUGAACCUGAAGAGUCCGGAAUCAGAGGCGGAGAUUCAGAGCUCCUCAGAAGUUGUACUAAGCUGCAAUAUAGAUGGACAUCCACGGCCGACCAAUCGCUGGUAUAAAGAUGGAACUUUACUAACAGAGAAGAACAGCAAAAUAAACAACAAAGAUCAAACUCUUACGCUAUCGGACGUCAGUCCUGAUGCUAACGGACUGUACCACUGCUGUGCCAAAAACGCUGCCGGACAAAUGUGCAGUACAGAUAACUUCACGCUUAAUAUUAUAGAUAAGAGUUUCCCUCAGCCGGUAGUAAAGCCGGAGAGUUUAGUGGUCUUGAGGAAUGAGGAAGCGCUCUUCCACUGUCAGUUCACAGCUGAACCACAACCCACUGUCGCAUGGUACCACGAAAAUGAGCUGGUGUCCAACAAAAGCCGUGUCUUUAUUCUGAACAAUGGCUCACUUCUUAUCACUCAGGUAAAGCAGCGAAGCACAGGCCUUUAUAAAUGUGUUGCUGAGGGACCCAGCGGAACAACGGUCUCUCUAGAAGCUUCAUUGGUGUUAGCAGAAAUUGAAGACAUGAUACCCAAACAGUCUAAAGUGUUUAAGGAAGGCGAUUAUGAGCGGGUCACGUGCCGGCCACCUCGUGGUCGUCCGGAUCCUGAGGUUUGGUGGGAACGUGCGGGGCAGAAAGUCUCAUCUGAGGGUCGGGUCUACCAGAUCGGCCUGGACCUGGUUUUUAGCCAUGUUCUUGGUGAAGACUCAGGAACUUACACGUGUUUUGCACAAAACAAGGCGGGCCAGAAGAAACAAGAGCUGACUGUCACUGUGGCCUCAAAGCCGGAGUGGAUUGAGAAACCGGUGGACAGUCAGCUUGAAGAGGGGCGCGCUGGUUAUCUGCACUGCCACACUCGAGCCACACCCGAACCUGAGGUCACAUGGUACCGAAAUUCCAUGCCAAUCAAUGCAGAGGACGCCCGGUUUAAGCUUUUCUCCAAUGGAACCCUGCGCAUUAAUAAUGUGGAGGUUUAUGACGGACAUAUGUACAGAUGUGAGAGCAAAAAUCAAGCAGGAUGGAUUGCCGCUUUUGCACGAGUCUUUGUACUGGAGCGUCUGAAGUUCACACCGACACCUCAGCCGUACCAGUGUGUGGAGCUCGAUAAAGAAGGACAUCUGCAGUGUUCAGCUAAGGGUCGACAGACUCCCACCAUACGCUGGAUCAGAACAGACGGCAGUAAUUUCACAGCAAGCGUGGAGCAGCAGGGCGGCACGCUUAACUUCACAACAGCGACACGGGCAGAUGCGGGAAACUACACCUGCAUCGCCUCCAAUAAACAGCAAGGAGAAAUCAGAGCUGUCGUUCAGCUUACCGUUGCAGUUUAUGUGGUGUUCGUACUCAAGCCGGAGAAUACCACAGUGUAUCAGGGCCACACCGCUGUACUUCACUGCCAGGCCACUGGAGAUCCUCUCCCUUUUAUCCAGUGGAAGAAAAAAGACAAAUUUCUGGAGGCAGGCAGGAGCAGGUUUCAGAAGAUGCCCAAUGGCUCUCUGGUCAUUCAUGAUGUCAGCAUGGAGGACACAGGAAAGUACACGUGCAUCGCAGGAAACAGCUGUAACAUCGCGCACACAUCAGCUGAGCUCUAUGUCGUGGAAAAGCCGAUUCAACACUCAUUGGCAGAAGAAGAAAAGACUCCUUAUAAAAUGAUUCAGACUAUCGGGCUGUCGGUGGGGGCGGCAGUCGCUUACAUCAUCAUCGUGUUGGGUCUCAUGUUUUACUGCAAACAGAGACGUAAUUCUAAAAGACUUCACAAAGGACAGGACGGAGAUGAGCGGGAGGUGGAGUGCCUGAACGGCGACGUACAACAGAAUGGUCACACUACAGCAGAGAUUCAGGAGGAGGUGGCACUCACCAACAUGGCCGGCAACAACAAACGACACAGCAGCCAGGACAAGUUACAUUUCCCUCGAAAUAACCUACACACCAUCACCACGCUGGGUAAAGGAGAGUUUGGUGAAAUCCUGUUGGCUAAAUUGAAGGCCGGCGAAGAUGAGGAGGAGACGGUGGUGCUGGUGAAGAGUCUGCAGACGCGCGAUGAACAGAUCCAGGCUGAAUUUCGACGUGAAUGUGACAUGUUUGCUAAGCUCAGUCACGUAAACGUCGCUCGACUGCUGGGCGUGUGCAGAGAAACGGAGCCGCACUACAUGAUCCUCGAGUACACUGACAUGGGUGAUUUGAAGCAGUACCUAAGAGUGUCGAAGAGCAAAGACGACAAAGUCAAAGUUCAACCUCUCAGUACCAAACAAAAGGUGUCUAUAUGUCUUCAGAUUGCCCGAGGGAUGGAGCACCUGUCCAACCAGCGAUUCGUCCACAAAGACCUGGCGGCACGUAACUGUCUGAUCUCAUCUAAACGUCAAGUGAAGGUGUCUGCUCUGGGCCUCAGUAAAGACGUCUAUAAUAGUGAGUAUUAUCAUUAUCGUCAAUCUUGGAUUCCUCUGCGCUGGCUCCCGUCUGAAGCUGUCUGUGAAGAUGAUUUCUCCACUAAAACAGACGUCUGGUCUUUUGGAGUGCUCAUGUGGGAGGUGUUCAACUUUGGAGAAAUGCCGUAUGCUGAACUCACUGAUGACAAAGUCCUAGAAGGUCUGCAGGAAGGAAAGCUGAAGCCGUCUCCCCCGCAAGGUUGUCCAUCUCGAGUGUUUAAACUUAUGGUGCGAUGCUGGGCUGCCAGCCCUAAAGACAGACUGUCUUUCAGUGACAUCGUCACGGCCCUCGGCGAUCUGCCCUCUGAAAGCAAAGUGUGAAAGAGUUAACAGAGCCAUGAUAACAUAAGGCGGAACACCCUCAAGUGUCGUGACUCGAAGACAAAAAGACUUAUUUUUUAACCCCUUUUUUUCUUUUAUAUAUUUGUUUAAUACAGUUUUAGGAGAUUAUUUUUUAAAAAAUUAGAAGGGUGAAAGAUUGGGGUUUGUACAAAUAGUUACCCCGUCACAUAGGUUCAAUUUGACUUUAUAAGUUCAAGUGCGUUUGUAAUAUCAAGCCAUGCGCUAAGCAGUUUUUAUUUCAGAAGGAUUGUCUCGGGAACCUCUUAAUUUGUUUAAAAGGUCCUGUUUUCAAUGUACAGAAAAGGUACUGUUUAUAUGACAUUUUAUAAUGUCUAUGUUUUAUAAGCCUUUUUAUAUAUAUAUAAUUCAGAAGUACUCGUACACAGUUGCGAUAAAGCUUAUAAAAUGACGUUGUCGAAAAUUUCAAGUGCCUGUAAAAUGAAGGAUGUCUUGAUUUUAGUAUGCUGUAUGUUACGACUUGAAUGUUUUUUUUUUUAUACAUUUACAGUGUUUUAUUGCUUACUAAGUGUUUAAGAUUGCAAUUGCUAUCCACACGUUACAAAUCAGUUUAUAUACCAAUUCUGAAGUAUUCUUAUUGUGAACAAAAGCUUCUGUUGCAUAUUUUGCUGUCGCAAUAAAAUCUCACUUUUGACAAAA